UACCAUGCAAACGAAUGUGUUUGAGUCACCGAAUUUAUUAUUAAUGACACAUACAUACACAUAGGCACACACUACAGUAAUAAUUCUAAGCAAUCUUAUUGGAUGCGGAGAGCCAGGAGACGUAGUGUGAUUGGUGUAUUUAUCCCAUUGCUCGUUUUCGAUUGGUUUUAGGUGCUAAGUAUGUGGUCUUCUCUGACGUAUAAGGAAAAACUUACGUAGCAACUUGUUCACUGUCCUUGCUUGGAUGCAUGGAAAAUGUUUUGACGUUCCUAGUCAUCCGGCCUGUAACAAAUGGAGUUUCCAGAGGAGGUUCUCGCGCAUAUCUUCUCGUACCUACCGCUAUGGGACAGGUACAGCGCCUCCUUGGUGUGCAAGGCGUGGUCCCAAACUAUGACACACCCCUUUGUUUGGUACUACACCGAAGUCAGGUGUGAGUCUGGGGCAGAGGCCCACGGCCUGCCUCAGUUCUGCCAGUUCCUGAGGCUGGCCCGGCACCUGAAGAUCUCCAUCCGGCACCCGAAGGAGGAGUCCGGGCGCGGCAUGGCGGUCCGGGCGCUGGGUCACGCGGCGGGCGCGGGGAGCCGCCUGAGCGCCCUCCGCAUCUCCUGCACGGGCGAGUUCCCGCUCUUCUACUCCGGCGAGGACGUCCUGCAGGGCAUCAGGGCGGCGUUCCUGAGCGAGGCCGGCGGGCUGUCGCUCCGCGAGGUGGACCUCCGGGAGAUGCCCUUCACCCUCAACGACUCGCUGGUGCUCGACGUGGCCCGCAGGAGCCCCGGCCUGCGCCGGCUCUUCAUCAACAACAAGACCCUGGUGUGCAACGUCACCACGGAGACGCUGCGCGAGGUGCUGGGGCUGUGCCCGCAGCUGUGCGCCCUGGGGGCCUUCUACGCCAGCCUGUCGGAGGAGGUGCUGGGCGAACUCCUCCGCCCGGGCAGGGCGCCCUUCUCCCUGCUGGAGCUGUACUGCGAGAGGUCGGACAAGUACGCGCACGUGAUCUCGGACCGGUUCUGGGAGGCCCUGCGGAGGCGCCACCCGUCGCUGGCGGUCAACGUGGUGCUGAACCACACCCUCCCCGCCAGGAUGUUCCUGAAGAUCCUGCAGCCCAGCCUGCCCGUGAGGGACCUGGACCUGGUGACCUUCACCGACCUGGCGAACGAGCUGGCCUUCGCGGCGGGCAACUACGGCGACACGCUGGAGAGGCUGGUGCUGCAGACGUCGGCCCCCGGCGGCGGGCUGGACUCGGCGCUGGUGGGCGUGGCCGAGCGCUGCGCCCGGCUGAGGGAGGUGCACUGCUACUGCGUGGUGUCGCCGCGGGUGAUCGCCGCCUUCCUGGAGCGCUGCCCCCACCUCUGGAGGUACACGCUCAAAACCACCAAGGAGCGCCACCCCUGGACCUGCACUGUGCUCAAAUAGGAGAGCGGAGGGGAGAGGGAUGGAGGAAGAGGGGAAGAGGGAGAUGCGGUGGAGCGUGUGCAAGGGAUGGGGGAUGGGUAGAGGGGGAGUGCAAGAUGACACUGUUGUUAUUAGUUUAUGAAAGAAUAAGAACCCCAAUUUCUGCAUUUAAUAUAUUCAUAUAUUUAUCAGUUCUGCAAACAAAUAUUUAUUAGUCUAUAUAAAUAUAAAUGUAAACCCCCACACACAUAUCCAGUGAUCACUUUUAUUUUGUCCUUUGUAGCAGGUAAUUCAUUCAGCUGAUAUAUGCCAUGGUUCUCAGUCUCACCAAAGGUGAUGCAGUUCAUUUAAUCAGUUCCCUCUAUUGCAUUGCAUCAUCAAUCAGUGCCAAUGGAAACCUUUUCUUAGCAAGUGGACUUUGACCCACAUGAUAAUCGCUGAUAACUUUGUUUAACCCCUUGUGUCCUGUUUACUUUUUAGCACCUGUGAAACUGUUAGCCUGGGUCAAGUAUACCCGGGACAUUAUUGCGAUUUUAAAGCAAUACAGGAAUAAAAUCAAUGCGAAAUACUCAAUAUAUAAUUAUCUUCAUCUCAAUUCCAAACAUUAUAAACAAUGUAUAUGGUUAAUGGUCGCCAUUCACUUCUGCUAGAUUGCAUUUAACAAUGAAAGUGUCAGUCAUUUUUUGUGAGAAAGAUGUGAUUUAAUUCAGUUUAGCUCUGAAUUACAAACAUUAAAAUACACGUAUAGAGUGGUGUACGUGUAUACCCAUGGCCAAAUUGCAUAUGUAACACCACCUCUGUAGGUUACAAACUUAAACAUGUUAAUUUGCCUUUGAACUGAGGCGGUGUCCCUUGUUACCUUCUGAAUACAAGUGAGAACAAAGUCUAGUGCCAGUUAUUUAUGGUGCCUACCUAUGUCUUGGUUUUAUAUAUUUGUUUAUGAGAAGCUUAACCCUUUAAGGUGUAAAUUUACAAAUACAUGAUUAGAAUGUUCUUAACUGAAUAUUCUAAUGCUGAUGCAACAAUUACUACUGAUAAUUGAAAGCAAUGGAGUUCUAGAACACACUGACUUAGAUUUCUGAAAAAAUAUUCCAAAAAACUACUCGUCAAAGGGAUAAGCAAAGGUCGAGUUUCACCAGCGCUUUAGAUUGGUGAUGAGGUGAGAGAGAGAUGUGGAGCGCUUUAGAUUGGUGAUGAGGUGAGAGAGAGAUGUGGAGAUGGGCCUCUUCCCUUCACCAGGUUUUUUUUGUUGUAUUUUUUCUUCUUUAAAAAUAGUCCGCAAUAUAUUUCUUCAUUUAUAAAUGCACAUUAAAUUAUUCAAUAAAAUGGGUUGAUGCAAAUGG